CUAUAUGUCGUUAAAGAUGGAGCAUUCCAUCAAGCUACCACCAAACUUUGAUUUGCGAGCUGCAAAUGCGGCAACAGAAUGGCGGCUAUGGCGUCUCUGUUUUGAAGACUACUUGGUGGGUUCAGGGCAAGAUAAUGCCGCGGAUAAGGUAAAAUUAGCCCUAUUGAGAAAUAUGCUAGGAAUGGAAGCUGCCAGAAUAGUCACCACGUCGCUACAGCUUUCCGAGAGUGAAAAAGAUAAUUACGAUUCGGUCAUGAACGCAAUAACAAAAUAUGUCAGCCCGCGAGUAAAUGAAGUUUUCGAACGAUUCAAGUUUAACAAUAGGAAACAACUAGAAGGAGAAAGUUUUGAUAAUUUCUUUACGGAAUGUAAACAAUUAAUUUUGACAUGUAACUAUAAACAAAACAAGGAUUCAAUAGAAGAUCAAUUGUUGAGGGACAAAAUUGUACAAGGAGUAUUAGACAAAACAGUACAAGAAUCUUUACUGAAACUAGAUAACCUUACACUUGAAAAGGCAGCCAACUAUUGUCGCACUUCAGAAAUGAGUAAACAACAGGUGCAGGAGAUGAACCCGACAAUAGAAAUUGAUGUGGUCAAAAAAUCUAAAUCCCAUCAGGCACAGAAAAAACACGUAUUUCAAUGUAGGAGAUGCCAAACUCAACAUGGGCUGCGAGAAUGUCCUGCCUAUGGGAAAAAAUGCACCAGAUGUGGAAAAUUGAAUCACCUUGCAGUCAGCUGUAAAGUCAAGAAAAUUAAUUUAACUCAAGAAGAUUCAGAGGAGUCAGAUGACACUUUAUUUUGUGGUGCAGUUACUAGUAAAGGGAAAAACAAAUGGAUGGACUUUAUUGACAUCGAAGGAAAGAGCAUAUAUGGUAAAAUUGAUACCGGGGCAGAAGUAAGUAUCAUGCCAACAAAAAUCUUCAAGCAACUUCAAUCUAUUGAGGCGCUCAGACCAUCAAAGACCUUGGAAGCAUUUGAUGGUACAAAAGUCAAAGCCAUUGGAAAGGUCCGUCUCCAUUGCAAGUACAGGGAACGAGAGUGUUAUGAGGACUUCAGAGUUGUAGAUUGCAAGUCAAUGAUAUUAGGAGUGCCAGGUUGUGAAGCUUUAAAACUAGUUAAGCGAAUUUACAGUGUUGAUGAAGCUGGAGAUGGGACUCUAAAAGAGGACUUCAUAAAAGAAAAUAUAGAUGUUUUCCAAGGUCAUGGACCAAAUUGAAGGCUACUUUGGAGAUAUACCAAAUGUUAUAACUUGGUUUGAUGAUAUUUUAAUAAUGGGUGAGACAGAGGAAAUUCAUAAUGAAGCUGUG